AGACGCGACGCCGCACAGCACAGCACAGCACGGGAAGAAGACGCCUGCCUCCGGCGCCCGCUAUAAAGCUGCGCCUGACAAAAUGGGACUCAUCCGCCUCCGCAAUGCUGUGCCUGACGUCGUCGUUUUCCUCGCCGUCUCCUCUCCUCCCGCCGCCGCGGCUCUCGCCCGCGCCCGCUGAUCGGGCGGCGGGGCCAGGGAUCGUGGGUGGCAGCAAUGCGCGCCUGAGUGUGGUGUCUGUCCCGUGUUCGGCUCGCCGCUCGUGGCCGGUCAAGGUGAAGAGCAAAUUUUCCUCUUCAGUGACUGCGCAAGAAAAUAAAUCUAUGGCAACCGCUGAAGAGGAUGUUGACUGUCUUCCUAUAUAUGAGAUGGACCCGAACUUGGAGGAAUUCAAGGACCAUUUCAGCUAUAGGAUGAAAAGAUACCUUGACCAGAAAUGUUCAAUUGAGAAAAAUGAGGGAAGUCUUGAAGAAUUCUCUAGAGGCUAUUUGAAGUUUGGGAUCAAUACAGAUGGUGAUGCAACUGUAUAUCGUGAAUGGGCACCUGGUGCACAGGAAGCACAGCUUGUUGGUGACUUCAAUGACUGGAAUGGUGCGAACCACAAGAUGGAGAAGGAUAAAUUUGGUGUUUGGUCAAUUAAGAUUUCCCAUGUCAACGGGGAACCUGCCAUCCCUCACAAUUCCAGGGUUAAAUUCCGCUUUAGACAUGGGGAUGAAGUAUGGGCUGAUCGAAUUCCUGCAUGGAUUCGUUAUGCAACUGUUGAUGCUUCUAAAUUUGGAGCUCCCUACGAUGGUGUCCAUUGGGAUCCUCCUGCUUGUGAAAGGUACGUGUUUAAGCAUCCUCGGCCUCCAAAGCCUGAUGCUCCACGUAUCUAUGAAGCUCAUGUGGGGAUGAGUGGUGAAAAUCCAGCAGUAAGCACAUUCAGGGAAUUUGCAGACAAUGUGUUACCCCGCAUACGAGCAAACAACUACAACACAGUUCAGUUGAUGGCAGUUAUGGAACAUUCUUACUAUGCUUCUUUUGGAUAUCAUGUGACAAAUUUCUUUGCAGUUAGCAGCAGAUCAGGCACACCAGAGGACCUCAAGUAUCUUGUUGAUAAGGCGCACGGUUUAGGGUUGCGAGUUCUGAUGGAUGUUGUCCAUAGCCAUGCGAGUAAUAAUGUAACAGAUGGUUUAAAUGGCUAUGAUGUUGGACAGAGCACCCAAGAGUCCUAUUUUCAUACAGGAGAUAGGGGCUAUCAUAAACUUUGGGAUAGCCGGCUGUUCAACUAUGCUAAUUGGGAGGUCUUGAGGUUUCUUCUUUCUAACCUGAGAUAUUGGAUGGACGAAUUCAUGUUUGAUGGCUUCCGACUUGAUGGAGUUACAUCAAUGCUGUAUCAUCAUCAUGGUAUCGAUACGGGGUUUACUGGAAAUUACAAGGAGUAUUUCAGUUUGGACACUGAUGUGGAUGCAGUUGUUUACAUGAUGCUCGCAAACCAUUUAAUGCACAAACUCCUGCCAGAAGCAACUGUUGUUGCUGAAGAUGUCUCAGGCAUGCCAGUCCUUUGCCGGCCAGUUAAUGAAGGUGGAGUUGGGUUUGACUAUCGCCUGGCAAUGGCUAUUCCUGAUAGAUGGACUGACUACCUGAAGAACAAAGAUGAUUCUGAGUGGUCAAUGGGUGAAAUAGCGCAUACUUUGGCUAACAGGAGAUAUACUGAAAAAUGCAUUGCAUAUGCUGAGAGCCACGAUCAGUCUAUCGUUGGCGACAAAACUAUAGCAUUUCUUUUGAUGGACAAGGAAAUGUACACUGGCAUGUCAGACUUGCAGCCGGCUUCACCUACCAUUGACCGUGGGAUUGCACUCCAAAAGAUGAUUCACUUCAUCACAAUGGCCCUUGGAGGUGAUGGCUACUUGAAUUUCAUGGGGAAUGAGUUUGGUCACCCAGAAUGGAUCGACUUUCCAAGAGAAGGCAACAACUGGAGCUAUGAUAAAUGCAGGCGCCAAUGGAGCCUUGUUGACACUGAUCACCUGCGGUACAAGUACAUGAAUGCAUUUGAUCAAGCAAUGAAUGCACUUGAUGAGAGAUUUUCCUUCCUUUCAUCAUCAAAGCAGAUUGUAAGCGACAUGAAUGAGGAGGAAAAGGUUAUUGUCUUUGAACGUGGAGAUUUGGUUUUUGUUUUCAAUUUUCAUCCCACAAAUACUUAUGAGGGUUACAAAGUUGGAUGCAAUUUGCCUGGGAAAUACAGAGUAGCACUGGACUCUGAUGCUUUGGUCUUUGGUGGGCAUGGAAGGGUUGGUCACGACGUGGAUCACUUCACAUCACCUGAAGGAGUACCAGGAGUACCUGAAACAAACUUUAAUAACCGCCCUAACUCGUUCAAAGUCCUUUCCCCACCCCGCACUUGUGCGGCUUACUACCGUGUGGAUGAAGAGGCUGAACAGCUUCAUAGUAAAGCAGCAACAACUGCUGAGAAGAUUUCUCCAGAGUCCAUUGAUGUUGAUGCUACUCCCGUCAAAACGCCUACGACCGAAGAGUCUGAAGAACCAACCGAUGGGGAGGCAACAUCUGGUGGCAGUAAGGGUUCAACCGAGGAUGAUUCUGGCAAGAAGGGAAGGAAGUUCGUGUUUCGGUCCUCUGAUGAAGACUCCAAGUAAAGCACCAGAUCCUUAAUCAGGACUGGCUGCUGGUGCUCCUGUAAUAGUUCUGCUCUAUAGCCCAUAGUGGACCGGUGGUAUUGUAAUAGUGUUGUUCAAAUUCUGGCUUGGCUUGGAUUUGGUAUUGGUUCUUUAGCUGUAGGUCACCGAGUACUGCAUGUACAGUUCUCCAGAAAAAAGAGAAGGGAAUAAUCUGGGAUAGUGUGUGUGGACAGAGAAGCCAUGGCCUUCACCUGGAUCUUGGCCAACUAUGGCUGGCUACAUGUGAUGUGCCCGAUAUGUAAUAUAGCAGUUUCUGUCCAGAAUAAAACCUUAGGUUUGUUUGCA